AUGCUGUGCGGAGCCUGUCCUCUCCGCGCCCCCAGCUCCUCCCUGAACUCGUCGCUGCACUCCUCGUCCAGCCCCACCUUUUUUAGCCUCGCGCUGUCGCCGGACUCGCCGCUACCGUGGAGCUUCCCCUGGGACCCCAGCGAGGCAGCGGCGGGGGGAGGAGCCUGCUGCUGCUUCUUCCCCUCCCCCUCCUCUUGCUCCUCCUCUCCCUCCCCACUUCACCCGCCCCCGCCUCCUCAGCGGCGUUUCUCCCUCUCCCCGGUGCUCAUCAGAGACUCGGCUGCCUCCACCUUCCUGCCCCCGCCUCCAGCGCCCAGCCAAGCGGCAGCGGCGCCUCCACCCAGCUGCGUUACGACGGCGGGCGGCGUGACGGCAGGCGGCCCUGUUCCCGCCUCGCCCUCAUCGGCCUGCAGCACGCCGUCGUCUCUGCGCCGCAGCCUCCCGCCGCAGCUACCGCGCUGCCACUCGCAGCCAUGUGACCUGCUGCUCCUCAAACCGGGUCUGAAGAGACGCCGCGACCCCGACAGACCCUGCGCCCGGCCCGUCCUCGACUUCACCAAGAUGACGCAGACGCGCAGCAUCGACCCGCAGUGUCUGGAGCGUGGCGGCGGCAGGCUGGCCUGCGGCGGCGACCUCUGCAUGGGCAUGGAGCCCUUCAUGGGCGACUUCCGGGGCUCCUGCUCGCCGGCCGAGUGCCUGGGCAGGACCAGCAUCGGGCCGCUGAGCGAGAGCGACGAGGAGUGCCGCGAGGACGACGAAGGAGAGGAGGAAGCAGACGAGCGUGAGGCGGCGCAGCAGGCGGUGUUCGAGCGGGACUGUACAGAGCUGGACUUGAACUUAAUCGAAGAAAACUGACGUAUUUGUAAAUGAAGGCUGUUCUCUGUUCUUUA